AUGCAGCGUGGCUCUACCAACAGAGAACUGCUGGAUAGACUGGAGGAUCAUGCAGAUUGGCUUGUACGAAAAAGUCGACGUUAUCUACCUCAUAUAGCUAGAUUCUGUCUCGUAUCUACAUUUAUUGAAGAUGGUUUUCGACUUUUAACUCAAUGGUCUGACCAAGUGGAUUAUAUCCAAUCUGUUUGGGGAACCCAUGUCAUAUUUGCAGCCUUUUUCAUUUUAUUGAACAUCUGCUUACAGUUUAUUGGAAGUGCUUUUGUCUUGGGUCGUUAUCGAGUGAAAAUUGGCGUUGGAAUUCUUAUGUCAACUGUAUUAUUACAAACUAUUGGUUAUAAUAUUUGGACAAAAGUAUUCUUUAUGCGUAAUCUAUCACUUAUUGGUAGUUUAUUAUUAUUAUUAGCUGAAGUACAACAAGAAACACGUAGUCUAUUAGCUGGUCUACCAUCAUCUGGUGAAAAUACACAUCGACAAUAUAUUCUACUUGGUGGUAGAAUACUUAUUAUUCUAAUGUUUGUCACAUUAAUUCAUUUAGGUAGUAGUAUAUUCUAUGUUAUACAAUCCAUUAGUAAUUUAAUCUUAAUUCUAUUGGUGGCAAUUGGUUAUAAAACAAAACUUUGUGCAACAGUAUUAGUUAUUUGGUUAACUGGUAUGAAUUUUUAUUAUAAUCGAUUUUGGGCUGUUAGUAAUGAUAGUUUAAUGUGGGAUUUUUUAAAAUAUGAUUUCUUUCAAACAUGGUCAGUUAUUGGUGGUUUAGGUUUAGUUGUUGCCUAUGGACCAGGUGGUGUUAGUGUAGAUGAUUAUAAAAAGAAAUGGUAA